CAAUGCACGCCUUGUUGCCUAUAGUAUUUUGUUACCUGUUCUCAAAUUAAAAAUUUAAUUAUCGCAUUGUGAAUAAUCACCUUAUUUCAAUCAAAGUGUUAGCAGUUCAGUUUCCUUUGUUAAUACGCACAUUCUUCAUUAUAAAUUCUGUUGGUUUCAUCUCCUUCGAUUCAUAUUAACCAGCGGAAGUGACCGUACUCGAUAUCACUUGAGUAUCUUUAUUUUCGCGUUAUUGUAUUAUGUUAAUGCUCUGACUGCUUCAUUUUAAUCAAAAGAUGGCAAGUAUCGAUGCGGAAAUCAUCCCUUCAACUACGAAUCACGAAGAGUCUUCUACUACUAGCGAAAAUGAGAUCUCGACAAGUUCUGUCAUAAACGCCGAACAAACCGACAGUCGAGUAACAGAUCCAGACGGAGCACAAAGUCCGGCGUCCAGUACAUAUGCCGAUUGUGAAGAUCAGAAUGAUAACUCCAGUUCUGAAAAUCAGCCUUUAAAUUCCGCUAAAGAAAAACAAGAUCAAGUCGGAAAUGAUGUGAUCGUAUCAUCGAAUAGUAAUGAUAAAAAAGAUGAUACUGCUGUUGAUAAAGUAGACGAUAAAGUUGCUCAUGAAACAGAACCAAACAACAAAUGUGAAAUAAAUAACAAUAGCAAAUGUGAUGAUGACGAAAGUGAUUUGAAAAAUGAAUUGGACAACACUGUAGACUUGACUGACGAUACAAACGAUGAAGAAUUACCGAAAAAAGUUCUCAAGAGUACUGUAGAAGAUAAAUAUCCUGAUAUUAGUGAAAAUGAAGAUGAUGUUUAUGCAGAAGGUGAAGAUAUCGAUCAAUAUUAUGAUGAAAAUGACAAAAGUGAUUUAGAUGAAGAAUUUAGCGAUGACGGAAGCGAUCAGCAGGAGAAAGAUCGUGAAAACGGCGACGGUGAAGAAGGAAACGAGGAAGAAAUCGUCGUUGAAAAAGAACUUGAUGACGAUGAAGAUCGCAGAAAUCCUCAGUAUAUACCAAAGCGAGGUUUUUUCUACGAACACGAUGACCGUACUGUUGUCAUCUCUGAAGAUGAAACCUCAGAAGGGGCUAAGAAGGAAACAGAAGUUAAAGAACAAGAAACUAAAGCUAAAGGAAAACGCUUUAUUCCUGAUGGGCGGUGGCAACAUGAUAUGUAUCGAGAAGACGAACAGAAACCAAAAAGCUCUCAAGAACUGAUCGACAUCUAUGGUUACGAUAUCAGACAUGAAGAAGCAGCGCCCAAAGCUCGUAGACGUAGGAAAUACGGUCGUGGUCCUAACAAGUACACAAGAAAAUGGGACGAUGAAGGAGCUUACGCCAAACAAGCUGCUGCUAAACCUUUUCGAGGUCGUAAUAAAACAUCGUUCAAGAAAGAAGAUUAUGAUCAAGAAUUUCCCACCCUUAAUGAGAAAAAUGAGAAGAAAACAAGCAAUACAGAUCAACGAACUAAGGAACCGUCUUCCUCAAAGAAACAGUAUCAUAGUGAACCACCACCUAAAUACGAAGAUGGUAAAUAUAAAGAUGAAAGAAUCGAAAAUCAGAGGUCUUCCUCCGAUCAUCACGAUCGACCAGCGCGUAAUUUCUCCAAACGAAUUCCUAAUUUUAAAGAGCGGCCGAAUUUUACUCCUGAGCAUUACGACUCGAUGGAAUUCAAACGAUUGCAGAAGACAAUUAGAAAUUCAAAUUAUGUACCUAACAAUGAUAAUGUGGUUCGUAGUCGUGGUCGCGGUGUUGGCCAUGGAAAAAAUAUCCGUAUGUCGAAUAAUUACGAAGAAAGUGGUCGUAUGCAGUUUACUCCGACUAAUCGUGGUAGAUCAAAAAGAUUAGAAAGACCGAGUCAACAUUUUUACCCUUCAAAACCACAAGUGCCAGCCGAAGAUAUACACGUUAUCACCGAACAAAUAUCAGCAAUAGACAUUGAACCUAAAAAGCUGAGCUCUAUCAAUAAAUUACAAUAUGGAGACUCAGAAAAUUUGCCAUCUAACGAACAAUCGGAUGCUCUGCUAGCUUCAUCGAAUGUUCGUAGUAAACGUUAUUCGCAACAAAGGCAAAGAUUGUUACCAGAAAUGAAUAAAAGUAAUCCAGCUACACUGGCUUUGCAACAUCAAAAUUUACAACAAAAUUUGCAGCCAAUUACUCAUAGCGUCCAAAAUAUUCAAAAUGUUGCGGCUUCUGGUUUAUGCCAAUCCUUGCCGCCAACACAUACGUCGUUAUCAUUAAUUACGCAGAAUCAAUGCGCACCAGCUCCUCAAACAGUAGCUGCUCCACUUUCUGUUACACCUGCUUCAAUAUCUAGUAAUUCGUUAGCAGUUUCCGCCUCUCUUAUCCCAUUAUCCGCCCCGCCUUUAACAGCCUCCGGACCGGCGUUAAGUGCUGGCGCGCCGCCAUUGCCAAUAAUGGGGUUCUUUCAACAUCCUCAAGCAGGAUUUACUAAUCAAGCAACUCCAGCGCAGCUUUAUCCCAGAGAACAGACUGUUAUGGGAGCUCCAUCAAACCAACCCGUGCAGUUAGUAGCUUUUUUACCGGCUUCGCCAAUUUUAUCUAAUACGAAUCACUCGCAGUCAGCCCCACCGCCACCUCCACCUCCUCCACCGCCCGGGUUUCCGACUACGGUGAUGAGCUAUCAACAACCAAGCCAAGCUCCACAGAACACAGCCUCCUUCAAUUCUGAAUCGUAUUCAAUGCCACCGGCAACAUUGGCUCCAAUUCAUCAGCCUCCAGAAGUAUAUCAAUCGCGCGGAGGAGUUACUUAUUAUAACACAAGAUCGCAAGUUAAACCACGUUCUCCUCCUCCACCAAGGGUUAAAACAGCAAUACCAAUAGUUCCUCCGCCAUCGAGUGAAUCUUUAAAAUGAUGUUAAUUAAUUUUUUCUCUCUUAUACAUAGAAAAUUCAAUAAUUUUAAUAACCGAUUUCAGUAAAUAUAAUCGUUAGUCAAUAGUUGUUUUUCAUUUUGCCGGUCAAAACGUAUGCUUGAAUUUGUAAUAUUUUUUAUCUCGAUUAAUCGAUUUUGUUUGAUAAUAUGCGAGCGCGGAAGUGCUUGUUUUGUUAUUUUAUACGACGUUUCGUUUUACAUAUACUUAUACUUACAUUGUGUACAUUCGUCUUAUAUUUUUUUUUUUUUGGUUAUUUAUUCUGCGAAUCGAGUUUUAAAUUUAAUUUAAACGUGUUUCGUCGUAAUUUAAAGAAAAAAAUUGAAGUAGUGAGAACUAAAGGUGUAUAUUUUUAAUUUAUUAUGUAUUUUAAAAGUUUAUAAACGGACGAUGUUUCACGACAACGGUAACGUGGCUUAAAUGAGGUCUUUUUUUUACUUUAUAUAAAAUUUUUACGAAUUUUAAUUUAAUUUAUUCUUCUUUUUCAUAUUUUGUAUGCAGUUACCUAAUUAUAAUUUUUUGAGAGCUA